CAUGUUCAAACACAGUAGAGUGAGAAAGAGGAAAAUGCUGAGCAGCAGAACAUCAGGAGAGACAGGAAAUCAAACAUUAACUUCCCGUAAAAGACAGACAUGGCCAGCAAAUACACUCGCCUUGCAGAGCGAGAAGAACCAGAAGAACCACAGAAGCCAGAGCUCAGGAUUUUGCUUCUUGGAAAAACUGGAGUUGGAAAAAAUGCAUCUGGAAACACGAUCUUAGGAAAGGGGAAUGCUUUUGAAUUGACAUCAUCAGACUGUCAGAAGGAAACAGGAGAGUUUGAAGGUCAAAAACUGGCUGUAGUUGAUAUUCCAGGUCUGUGUGACUCCAGUAAAACUGAAGAGGAGUUGACAGCAGAGAUGGAGAGAGCCAUCUGCUUUGCUGCUCCUGGUCCUAAUGUGUUCCUGGUUGUGAUUCAGGCCAACGGAUUCACAGAUGAAGAUAAAAAAACAGUGAAGAUCAUUCAGAAGAUGUUUGGGAAAAGGUCAGCAUGUUCCACAAUAGUCUUGUUCACCCAUGGAGAUGACCUGAAGUCAGAUGGAGACACCAUAGAAGAAUUAAUCAGUAAAAAUCCAGCUCUCAGUGACUUCAUCAGUCAGUGCGGUGGAGGAUAUCACGUCUUUAACAACAGAAACAAGGAUCCCUCUCAGGUCAGAGAGCUGCUGGAGAAGAUCGACACCAUGGUUCAGAGAAAUGCAGGAAGAUACUACACCAUUGAAAUGUUCAGAGAGGCUGACCUCAGGAUUGUUCUUAUUGGGAAAACUGGAGUUGGAAAGAGUGCAACAGGAAACACCAUCAUAGGAGAAAAAGCUUUUAAAGCCUCAGCAUCACUGUCAUCAGUGACAUCAGAGUGUCAGAAGGAAACAGGUCUGUUUGAUGGUCAAAAACUGGCUGUAAUUGAUACUCCAGGUUUAUUUGACAAUAAAAAAACUGAAGAGGAGGUGAAGGAAGUAAUCAGUAGGUGCAUCCCCCUUGCUGCUCCUGGUCCUCAUGUGUUCCUGUUUGUGAUUCAGGCCAACAGAUUCACAAAAGAAGAACAAGAAACUGUCAAAAUCAUUCAGAAUAUGUUUGGAGAAAAGUCAGAAUGUUACACUAUGGCCUUGUUCACCUAUGGAGACAAUCUGGAGAGAGAUGGAGUCACAAUAGAAAAAAUGAUCAAUGAUAAUCGUGUUAUCUCUGACUUCAUCAGUCAGUGCGGUGGAGGAUAUCAUGUCUUUAACAACACAGUCACAAAUUCCUCUCAGGUCAGAGAGCUGCUGGAGAAGAUCAACACAAUGACUGCGAGAAAUGGAGGAGGAUACUACACCAAUGAAAUGUUCAGAGAGGCUCAGAGAGUCAUGAACAAACCAGAAGCCGACCUCAGGAUUGUUCUUGUUGGGAAAACCAGAGUUGGGAAGAGUGAAGCAGGAAACAUCAUCUUGAGAGGAAAAGUAUUUCGAUCCACAGCUUCCUCUUCCUCUGUAACAUCAGAGUGUCAGAAGGAAACGUCUCUCUUUGAAGGUCAAAAACUGGCUGUAGUUGAUACUCCAGGUCUGUAUGAAACUAAACUAACUGAAAAGGAGGUGAAGAGAGAGAUUGUUAGAUGCAUCUCCUUUGCUGCUCCUGGUCCUCAUGUGUUCCUGGUUGUGAUCCAACCAAACAGAUUCACCACAGAGGAACCAAAAACUGUGAAAAUCAUUCAGAAGAUAUUUGGUGAACAAGCAGCUGAUUACACGAUGGCCUUGGUAAUCCAUGAAGAUGAUGAGAAGCAGGACACCAUAGAAGAAGCAAUCAAACAUCCAGAUCUCAAUGACUUAAUUAGUCAGUGCCGUGGAGAAUAUCAUGUUUUUAACAGCAGAAACAAGGAUCCCUGUCAGGUCAGAGAGCUGCUGAAGAAAAUCAACACAAUGACUGAGAGAAAUGGAGGAUGCUGCUACACCACCAAAAUGUUUGAAGAGGCAGAGAAAGCCAUAAAUACAGAGAUGGAACGACUUCAGAAAGAAAAUCCAGAGCUGACGGCCAAAGAAGCAAGAUACAAAGCAGAAAGAAGGAACGAGUUUACUCUGGGGAAUUGGGAUGCGACUAUUACUGGAGCAGCUGCUGCUGGUACUAGAGCUGCUAAGGAGCUAGAGGUGCUGCAGGAGCUGUGGGAGUUGGAGCGGGAGUUGCGGGAGUUGCAGUGGGAGUUGCAGUGGGAGUUGCGGGAGUUGCAGCAGUGGAUUUUGCAGUAA